UUACAGCGCCGCGCGGGUGGCCUCGGCCGAGUAACAGGUCUGCUCUGGUUCGCCCGGCCAAGGUCUGUGAACAGCCGCCAUGUCCAUCUUCACCCCAACCAACCAGAUCCGCCUGACCAAUGUGGCCGUAGUGCGGAUGAAGCGCGGUGGCAAGCGCUUUGAAAUCGCCUGCUACAAAAACAAGGUCGUCGGCUGGCGGAGCGGCGUGGAAAAAGACCUUGAUGAAGUUCUGCAGACCCACUCAGUGUUUGUCAAUGUCUCCAAAGGUCAGGUUGCAAAGAAGGAAGAUCUUGUCAAUGCAUUUGGAACCGAUGACCAGACUGAAAUCUGUAAGCAGAUUUUGACUAAAGGAGAGGUUCAAGUAUCCGAUAAAGAAAGGCACACACAGCUGGAGCAGAUGUUUCGGGACAUUGCAACUAUUGUAGCAGACAAAUGUGUGAAUCCUGAAACAAAGAGACCGUACACUGUCAUCCUUAUUGAGAGAGCCAUGAAGGACAUCCACUAUUCAGUCAAAACCAACAAGAGCACAAAACAGCAGGCUCUGGAAGUGAUAAAGCAGUUAAAGGAGAAAAUGAAGAUCGAGCGAGCGCACAUGAGACUGCGGUUCCUUCUCCCCGUGAGUGAAGGGAAGAAGCUGAGAGAGAAGCUCAAGCCGCUGAUCAAGGUCAUAGAGAGUGAAGACUACGACCAACAGUUAGAAAUUGUGUGUCUCAUUGACCCAGGCUGCUUCAGAGAAAUUGAUGAGCUGAUAAAAAAGGAGACAAAGGGAAAAGGUUCUUUGGAAGUGCUCAAUUUGAAAGACGUGGAAGAAGGCGAUGAGAAAUUGGAAUGACACUCACCAGUCUCUUCUCUCUCAAACACUAAAGUGUUUCCUUUUCCAACAGUACUGUUUUAUUUCUGUGGUCUGCCAAUUACUUGCUCAGACUAUUGGAGAAGUUCCAUUUUUGU